AUGCUACUGCCGCCCUCCCUCCCUCCCUCCCUCGGCCACGGGUGUCCCGCCGUGGCAUCACCACCACCCGGGGAACCGUUCAUGGCCAAACCAGCAUCGUCGGCGGUGAUGGCGGCGGCGCCAAGGUUUAACGGCAGGAACAUGUUGCUGUUGCAGUUGCAGUUUUACAGUUGCUGUUGCACAUACUGUUGUUGCUCUAUCAACAAGGAUCGGGGCGGUGGUGACGGCGGCGGCGGCAGCGCCGCCACCGCUACCAAGAUCACCCGAACCUGCGCCGCAGCCGCCGCAGCCGCCACGAACUCACUGCAUGCGUUCCAGCUCUGGGGACACAAAACGUACAAGCAUGCAACGGCACACAGCCUCCAGCCGCCGCCUGCAGGCGGCGUCGGUGUGGUGGCGGUGGUGGCGACGCUGGCGACGGAAGCCCGGCCAAAGCCUAAGCCGCAUGGUCCGGCUCGGCCGCCGCUGCUACUGCCGCCACCGACGCUGCAGGUAGCGGCGGUGGGGCAGUCUGCGGCGGUGGCGGCGGCGACGCCGGGUCUGAUGGCGACGGCGGCGCCUAAAUCGGGAAGCUGGGCCGCGAGUGCAGCUUCUGCCAUCGCCGCCGCUGCUGCCGAUGGUGACGGCGACGGUGACGGCGGCGGUAGUAGCUGUCUGGCGCUUCUGGCGGCAACGGCCGACGUGACUGCCGGUUGGCUGCCACUAGCCGCUCUGAGCGUCUGCUGGUGCAGCUGGAAAUGCAACGGUGGCGCUGCUGGCGCUCUCACCGCCGCCGACAUUGGCGAUGAUAACGAUGAUGCAGAGGAGGGUGGAAUACUGUGCAUCAAUAAGGCCGACGUCAAGGCGGCGCUGCCGCCACUGCCGGCGCUGGCAUUCCCCAGCGUGCACGCGGAGGCACUGCCGCUGCCGCCACCGCCGCAGCUGCCACUUGCGGCGUCGACAUCAGCGGCGGCGGCAGUGACAGCCAGCUGCGGUACAAGCUGA